GCUAGAUAGCUUCCCAUACCCCUAUUCUACCAGUUACCCUUCAUCCCUCAAUUCUUCUACUCCGAAUUAAUUAGUUUCUAUAUAUCUGUGUGUGCGCGCGCGCACGCGAGAGAGAGAGAGAUGGUGGGGGUGUACUGUUGUAUGGUGGAUGAGAAGAGGAAGGUGAGGAGCAGUAAGCCGGCGGCGGGAAUAUGCUCCAGGUGCGGCGGAGGGGCGAGGGUGGCGGACAUGAAGAGCUCCACCAGGUUUUGUUACGUUCCCUUCUAUUGGAAGUCUUGGAAGGCCAUCAUCUGUACUUUCUGCGGUGCUACUCUCAAAUCUUACUCCUAAGUAUUCCUAAUAUUCCACACCGGCCGGCUUCAUCUUUUUUUAUUUUUAUUUUUUAUUUUUAUGUAUUAAAUUAAUGCUUCUUAAAACUAGAUCAAUGAUGAGGAAGAUAGAUUUUGCAUUGCCA